AUGACAUCUUCCUAUGCAUCAGGGCCUAGCGCUGAGUCAGGGUCUAAUCCGGAAACAUACAGACAAAACUUCGAUGUCCUCAGUUCGGUAAUCGCAAACAAUAUUUAUUCUCUGACAUCGAAUCUUAAACUUAUCCAAAGAUUAUCAUCCAAAUUAGGGACGCCGAAAGGUAGUCAGAGAGAUGAACAAAGGUUGAAUGAAUUGCUCGAUGAUACUACUGCUAAGUUUAAAACAUAUGGAGACGACGUCAAAGUGCUGGGAGACUGGGAUAGUGCAAGUCUUCAAGCUACACAAAAGUUUACUCAGCGGAAUUUGACGAAAGACUUCGGAGGUGUUCUCGAUGAAUUUCGAACUGCACAAAGGGAGAUUGCAGCAAAGGAGAGAAAGUUGUCAAUGGCUCAGAAAGCAGCAGCUGAAGAGCAACAUCAAACAGAGACUACCCCGCUUCUUCAGCAACAGCAACAGCAACAGUCUCAAGUGUUGGAUUUUGUUUCACAAAAUGAAGUGGAUUUCAAUACCUCUUUAAUUGAAGAACGAGAAGGAGAAAUUCAAAACAUAGAACGAGGUAUCUAUGAGAUAAAUGCCAUUUUCAAAGAUUUGGGUACUUUGGUUACCGAGCAAGGAACGCAAAUCGAUGCUGUAGAGGAUAAUAUCUCGAAUAUGGCAACGAAUACAGAAAAUGCAUCCAAACAAUUAACACAGGCUGAUAAAUAUCAAAGGACGCGGGGGAAAUGGUCAUGUAUAUUUUUGCUUGUGCUACUUGUCGUUUCUUUGAUUGUAGCUCUUGCUAUUCUAGCUUGA